AAUGGGUAAGGAGAAGGUGCACAUCAGCAUUGUGGUCAUUGGCCAUGUCGAUUCUGGCAAGUCAACCACCACUGGUCAUCUCAUAUACAAGCUUGGUGGUAUUGAUAAGCGUGUGAUUGAAAGGUUUGAGAAAGAAGCUGCUGAGAUGAACAAGCGUUCGUUCAAGUAUGCCUGGGUGUUGGACAAGCUCAAGGCUGAGCGUGAGCGUGGUAUCACCAUUGACAUUGCGUUAUGGAAGUUUGAGACCACCAAGUACUAUUGCACUGUCAUCGAUGCCCCGGGCCAUCGUGACUUCAUCAAGAAUAUGAUCACAGGAACUUCCCAGGCAGAUUGUGCUGUGCUUAUUAUUGACUCCACCACCGGAGGUUUUGAAGCUGGUAUCUCCAAGGAUGGCCAGACUCGUGAACACGCCUUACUUGCUUUCACCCUUGGUGUUAAGCAGAUGAUCUGUUGCUGCAACAAGAUGGAUGCCACUACCCCUAAGUACUCCAAGGGAAGGUACGAUGAAAUUGUGAAGGAGGUCUCAUCCUAUUUGAAGAAGGUGGGAUACAACCCUGACAAAAUUCCAUUUGUUCCCAUCUCUGGAUUCGAAGGCGACAAUAUGAUUGAGAGGUCCACCAACCUUGACUGGUACAAGGGCCCAACACUCCUUGAUGCCCUUGAUAUGAUCGUAGAGCCCAAGAGGCCCUCUGACAAGCCCCUUCGUCUUCCACUCCAGGAUGUUUACAAGAUUGGAGGCAUUGGAACUGUCCCGGUGGGACGUGUUGAGACUGGCAUCAUCAAGCCUGGAAUGGUCGUUACCUUUGGCCCAACUGGACUUACCACUGAAGUUAAGUCUGUGGAGAUGCAUCAUGAGGCCCUCCAGGAGGCUCUUCCUGGUGACAAUGUUGGAUUCAAUGUGAAGAAUGUUGCUGUUAAAGAUCUCAAGCGUGGAUUUGUUGCAUCAAAUUCAAAGGAUGAUCCAGCCAAGGAGGCUGCCAACUUCACAUCCCAAGUUAUCAUCAUGAACCACCCUGGUCAGAUUGGCAAUGGUUAUGCCCCAGUUCUUGAUUGCCACACUUCACACAUUGCCGUCAAGUUUGCUGAAAUUCUUACCAAGAUUGACAGGCGCUCUGGGAAGGAGCUUGAGAAGGAGCCCAAGUUUUUGAAGAAUGGUGAUGCUGGUUUUGUUAAGAUGAUCCCCACCAAGCCCAUGGUGGUUGAGACUUUCUCCGAGUAUCCCCCACUAGGUCGUUUUGCCGUCAGAGACAUGAGGCAAACCGUUGCUGUGGGAGUCAUCAAGAGUGUGGACAAGAAGGAACCUUCAGGAGCCAAGGUCACAAAAGCUGCCGCAAAGAAGGGUGCCAAGUGAACCGAGCAGGUUCUGCCUUUACUCAAAGGCUUAUAUUUUAAUCUUAUGAAAGACUUGGUUUUUGUUGUUUGUGCGUGUCUUACUGGGGUCGGUUUCAUGUUUUCACCUCUGUCAGGCACCUGGUCUCAGAACUGGGUGCUUGACCGGCGGUGGCGAGCCUAUUUUCUUGGUUUUCUACUGUGUCCUCUGUUAUGUUAAAACUGGAUUGCUGUGUCUUUAAUUUUCCAUAAGCAGCACAGCGUUUUAGUUCUCUGUUCCUGUGUUGCUCAUACGUUUUCUAUAAAAACAUUAGUAGUGUUUCUAUACUAGUCUUGUUUUUCCCUUGAGGUUCAUCAUCACCUCAUGGAAUCAGACAUAGCCGAAAGAGGGAUCUGUUAUGCUUGUCACAGAUGAAUUGUCCCCUUUCCCCAACACACACACAUACAAAGAAAAAAAAUUUCUAAGAAUAUUGUGUUUAUUGGAAUUUGAC